AGAUGCCCGAGAUGCACAUCAAGGCCCCAAAGUUCUCCAUGCCCGACGUUGACUUCGGCCUGAAGGGCCCCAAGGUCAAGGGGGACAUCGAUGUCUCUGCUCCAAAGCUCGAGGGGGACCUCAAAGCCCCAGACAUCGACAUCAAAGGCCCCAAAGUCAAUGUGGACCUCCCUGAUGUCGAGUUGGAAGGUCCCGAAGGGAAGAUCAAAGGCCCCAAGUUCAAGAUGCCCGAGAUGCACAUCAAGGCCCCAAAGUUCUCCAUGCCCGACGUUGACUUCGGCCUGAAGGGCCCCAAGGUGAAGGGGGACAUCGAUGUCUCUGUCCCCAAGCUGGAAGGUGACCUGAAGGGUCCUGAACUGGACAUCAAAGGCCCCAAAGUCAAUGUGGACCUCCCUGAUGUGGAUUUGGAGUGUCCUGAAGGGAAGAUCAAAGGCCCCAAGUUCAAGAUGCCCGAGAUGCACAUCAAGGCCCCCAAAUUCUCCAUGCCCGACGUCGACUUCAACCUGAAGGGCCCCAAGGUCAAGGGUGAUGUGGACGUGUCCCUUCCAAAGCUGGAGGGUGACCUGAAGGGUCCUGAACUGGACAUCAAAGGCCCCAAAGUGGACAUUGAGGCACCCGACGUCGACAUCCACGGCCCGGAAGGGAAAAUUAAAAUGCCUAAAUUCAAGAUGCCCAAAUUUGGAUUUUCUGGGCCCAAAGUUGAAGGCCCCGAGGUGGACGUGAACCUGCCAGAGGCUGAGGUCAACAUUUCAGGUCCCAAGGUCGACGUUUCCGUCCCCGAGCUGGACGUCGAAGGCCCCGAUGGGAAACUGAAGGGUCCCAAGUUCAAGAAGCCGGAGCUGCAGUUCAACGUCCCCAAGAUCUCCAUGCCCGACAUUGACCUCAACCUGAAAGGCCCCAAACUGAAAGGUGACCUCGAUGCUUCUCUCCCCAAGGUCGAGGGCGAGCUGAAAGGCCCCAAACUGGACAUCAAGGGACCGGAGCUUGAGCUGGAGGGGCCAAAAGUUGACCUUGAAGGAAAAGCUAAAAAAUCCAGGUUUAAACUUCCCAAGUUUGGCUUUUCUGGCCCAAAAGUUCAAAGCCCUGAGGUGGACGUGAAGCUUAAAAAACCUGAGGUUGAAGUGUCCGGCCCCAAAGUUGAGGUCCAGGCUCCGGAUUUGGACAUCCAGGGAAAAUCCAAGGGCUCCAAAUUCAAAAUGCCUUUUCUGAACAUUUCUUCACCCAAAGUCUCGAUGCCGGACGUGGAGCUGAACCUGAAGGGACACAAAAUGAAAGGGGAGUUUGACCUGUCCACCCCCAAGCUGGAAGGGGAACUGAAAGGUCCUGAGAUGGACAUCAAGGGCCCCAAGGUCAACAUCGAGGCCCCCGAUGUGGACAUUCACGGCCCGGAGGGGAAAAUCAAAAUGCCCAAAUUCAAAAUGCCCAAAUUUGGUGUUUCUGGGUUUAAAGGGGAGGGGCCAGAGCUGGACGUGAACCUGCCGGCAGCAGAACUGGACGUGUCAGGUCCGAAGGUGGACAUUGAAGGUCCGGAGGUGGACAUUGAGGGGCCGGAGGGGAAGAUCAAAGGCCCCAAGUUCAAGAUGCCCGAGAUGAACAUCAAGGCUCCCAAGAUCUCCAUGCCCGACAUCGACCUGAACCUGAAAGGUCCCAAAGUGAAGGGAGACGUGGACGUGUCCUUGCCCCAGGUGGACCUGAAAGGACCCAAGGUGGACGUGGAAGCUCCCGAACUCAACGUGGAAGGUCCGAAAGGGAAAAUCAAGGGCCCCAAAUUUAAAAUGCCCGAAAUGAACAUCAAAGCUCCCAACAUCUCCAUGCCGGACCUGGACCUCAACCUGAAAGGUCCCAAGGUCAAAGGUGGGGUGGACGUCGAUCUUUCUGCACCAAAAAUCGAAGGGGACGUGAGCUUGCCGGACAUCGACAUCAAAGGCCCCAAGGUGGACAUUGAAGGUCCAGAGCUGGACAUUGAAGGUCCUGAGGGGAAGAUCAAAGGCCCCAAGUUCAAGAUGCCCGAGAUGCACAUCAAGGCCCCCAAGAUCUCCAUGCCCGACGUUGACUUCAACCUGAAGGGCCCCAAGGUGAAGGGGGACAUCGAUGUCUCUGUCCCCAAGCUGGAAGGUGACCUGAAGGGUCCUGAACUGGACAUCAAAGGCCCCAAAGUGGACAUUGAGGCACCCGACGUCGACAUCCACGGCCCUGAGGGAAAAUUCAAGAUGCCCAAGUUCAAGAUGCCCAAAUUUGGGUUGAAGGGAGAAGUUCCCGAGGUGGACGUGAACCUCCCAACAGGAAACCUGGAUGUGUCCGGCCCCAAGGUGGACGUUGAGAUGCCGAGUGUGGACAUUGAGGGUCCCGAGGGGAAGAUCAAAGGCCCCAAGUUCAAGAUGCCCGAGAUGAACAUCAAGGCCCCCAAGAUCUCCAUGCCCGACUUUGAUCUGAACCUGAAAGGUCCCAAAUUGAAGGGUGACGUUGAUGUGUCCCUGCCGAGUGUGGAAGGUGACCUGAAAGGGCCAAAGGUGGAUGUGAAAGGCCCCGAAUUUGAUGUUUCUGCCCCAGAUGUUCAAAUUGAGGGCCCUGAAGGGAAGAUCAAAGGCCCAAAGUUCAAGAUGCCCGAGAUGAACAUCAAGGCCCCCAAGAUCUCCAUGCCUGAUUUUGAUCUGAACCUCAAAGGUCCCAAAUUGAAGGGGGACGUCGAUGUCUCUGUCCCCAAGCUGGAAGGUGACCUGAAGGGUCCUGAACUGGACAUCAAAGGCCCCAAAGUUGAUGUGGACCUCCCUGAUGUGGACAUGGAAGGUCCCGAGGGGAAGAUCAAAGGCCCCAAGUUCAAGAUGCCCGAGAUGCACAUCAAGGCCCCCAAGAUCUCCAUGCCCGACAUCGACUUCAACCUGAAGGGCCCCAAGGUCAAGGGUGAUGUGGACGUGUCCCUUCCAAAGCUGGAAGGUGACCUGAAGGGUCCUGAACUGGACAUCAAAGGCCCCAAAGUGGACAUUGAAGCACCCGACGUCGACAUCCACGGCCCUGAGGGAAAAUUCAAGAUGCCCAAGUUCAAGAUGCCCAAAUUUGGGAUGUCCGGCAUCAAGGCUGAAGGUCCCGAG